GCUGCAGCUUUCUUCCCGAAUGGCGAGCAGGGCUGAGCCCCCUGACGGGGGCUGGGGAUGGAUGGUGGUGCUCUCAGCGUUCUUCCAGGCGGCGCUGGUGUUUGGGGUGCUCCGUUCCUUCGGUGUCUUCUUCGUGGAAUUUGUGGCGGCGUUUGAGGAGCAGGCAGCCAGAGUCUCCUGGAUCGCUUCCAUUGGGAUCGCGGUGCAGCAGUUUGGGAGCCCAAUAGGCAGUGCCCUGAGCACGAAGUUGGGGCCCAGGCCUGUGGUGAUGACUGGGGGCAUCUUGGCCGCGCUUGGGAUGCUGCUGGCAUCGUUUGCUACCUCCUUGACCCACCUGUACCUGAGUAUCGGGCUGCUGUCAGGCUCCGGCUGGGCCCUGACCUUCACGCCGACCCUGGCCUGCCUCUCCCGUUACUUUUCUAAGCGGCGAUCUCUGGCCACGGGGCUGGCCCUGACUGGAGUGGGCCUCUCCUCUUUCGUGUUUGCCCCCCUCUUCCAGUGGCUGAUCAGCAACUACGCUUGGAGGGGGGCCCUUCUGCUAGUGUCUGCCCUCUCCCUACACCUGGUGGCCUGUGGUGCUCUCCUCCGCCCGCUUUCCCUGACUGAAGACACUGCUGUGGGCGGCCCCAGUGCCCAGAUAGCCUCCCUCCUUCAUCACGGUCCCUUCCUCCGUUACACUGUCGCCCUCACUCUGAUCAACACUGGCUACUUUGUCCCCUAUGUCCAUCUGGUGGCCCAUCUGCAGGACCUGAGUUGGGACCCACUGCCUGCUGCCUUCUUACUCUCAGUGGCUGCUAUCUCUGACCUCGUGGGGCGUGUGGCAUCCGGUUGGCUGGGAGACGCAGUCCCAGGGCCUGUGGCACGGCUUCUGAUGCUUUGGACCACCUUGACUGGGGUGUCACUAGCCCUAUUCCCUGCGGCUCAGGCUCCCACGACCCUGGUGGUUCUGGCUGUGGCUUAUGGCUUUACGUCAGGGGCCCUGACCCCCGUGGCCUUCUCCGUGCUUCCUGAACUGGUGGGGACUGGAAGGAUUUACUGUGGCCUGGGACUGGUGCAGAUGAUAGAGAGCAUCGGGGGGCUGCUGGGAGCUCCUCUGUCAGGCUACCUCCGGGAUGUGACAGGCAACUACACGGCUUCUUUUGUGGUGGCUGGGGCCUUCCUUCUCGCAGGAAGUGGAGUACUUGUCACCCUGCCCCGUUUCUUCUCCUGCAGACCAGCUGCUACCCCCAGAGCCCAGAACCUUGUAAUAGAGGCGCCGGGUACCAAAAUCCCCCUGCCCAAGGAGGAGGGGCUGGGAGAGGACUGAAUUGUGCUGAGAGC